AUGGCCCUCGUCAACGCCCUACUCAAGACCAAGGAGAGACACACCCACCGCCAAUGGAUCCUCAACUGGUUGGAGGACAACUACGAGUGUAAGAAGGGCGCGACGAUCUGCAAGGCGGCCGUGUUCACAGACUACGCCGAGUCCCUCAAGCCCGUGACCAACUCGCUCUUCGGGAAGCUGGUCAAGGCCGUCUUCCCGGCCAUCCGCACCUGCCGCAAGGGCCCGCGCUCCGACUCGCGCACCCACUACGCCGGCCUCCACCGCCGACGCGACACCAUCUCCCUCCCGCGCGUCUGCCCCGAGACCGGCGAGCUCCUCCCGCCGCCGCUCAACGACGAAGGCCACGCCAUCAUCGACUCCUUCAUCCCUGCGCCCUCGUCUGCCACGUCAUCCAUGUCGUCUUCGGCCAUUCCCGCCCUGCAUUACUCGAAUUCUUCGGCCGAAGACUGCACCAGCGCGGCGUCGUCGUCGCCGUCGUCGCCCGGGUCGCUCUCGUACGAGUACAUGUCGCCCGUCUCAUCCGUGGUCGAGGCCUCGGGCGCCCUGCCCGCCUUCCAGUUCGGCCAGCCGGCCUCGCAGCAGCAGCACCACCAAUCGCACCAGCACCACCCGCAGCAGCUCCACCACUCGCGCAGCGCCCAGUUCCCGAGCAUGUCGGCCUACGCCGGCGGUCAUCAGGGCCACGCCCACGCCCACGCUCACGCCCACCAGUUCCACAGCGAGCAGCACGCGGCGGUCCACCAGCUCUUCUACUCUCCCACGCCCUCGCUCUCGUCUUGCUCGUCGGGCUCGGCCUACGACGACGCCCUGUCCGAGUUCGAGUCGAUGGAAAUUGCCGGCAGCGCCGGCCCCGCGGCCGAGCUGCACGAUUCGAGCAGCUUGGCGGCGCAGCUGCCGCUCCCGACGGCACCGGUCUGCCUGUGCGCGUCGUGCGACGGCUUGGCCGCGGGCGAUCCGGCCAAUGACGGCCAGCCCGCGCUCGACGGCCACCAAUCGGCGUCGCUUGAGUCCGUGGAGGACCUGCUGGGCGACCUCGAGCCCCUCCGGCUGCUCCACCUCGACCCCGCCAUGCUCCACCACGACGCCACGUCCAGCGACCACCACCACUCCGUCUUCUGCUACGCGCCACAGUCGGCCUCGACCUCGGACUGCUGCGGCGGCAGCGGCGGCUUCGUGCCGGCCGUGCCCAUGUCGUCGGCCAUGAUGGCCACCCCGCCCGUGGCGCCCUCGCCGCCGGCCUCGCCACCCCCGCCGCUCGCUCUCAUGUCGGCGCCAGGCGGCGGCGGCGCCGGCGAGUUCGGGAGCCAUCAGCAGCAGAACAAGCUGCGGCCAUUCCUGCGGCGCACGAUGGCCAAGGCGUCGGCGCAGGCGGCGGAGGGCAACCCGCUGGCCGAGGGCUUCAUGGGCAUGAUCAACACGUGCCAGAAGAUCAUCAAGGACCGCGCCCAGAAGCGACGACGGAAGAGCAUCGGCGACGCACUCGCCGCCGCACACGCCGCACACGCACACAUCAAGCACGAGCUGCCGCACUACCAGCACUUGUACCACCAGCACGCGGCCAAGAAGCAGCACACGAUGACUAUCGCCGCCGUCGCCGCCGCUGCUGACGUGUCGUCGACGUCGACAACCAUUGUCGACGCCAACGCGCUGGUGCCGCCGUUCGUGCUGAGCCUCGAAGACCUGCAGGGCGGCCACAGCAGCUUCGCAUUCCAGGAGAGCGUGCUCGUGUUCGCCAACGAGUACCGCAAGAUGUACCAGGCCGUGUUCGACCGACUGGUGCGGUUCGAGUACGCGAUCCUGUUCGACGUCGUCUUCUCCUUCUGGAACCAGGUCAAGCUGCAGCCCAACUUCGCCCUUCUGCUCGACCACGACGCCCUCAAGAAGCAGGUCCUCGCCUACGACGCCAAGGUCCUCCACACGUUCAAGGACUAUUUCCUGAUGAAUCCGUUGAAGAUGAGCGCGCAGCAGUUCGGGGGAUUCCUGCAGACGAUCGCGUUCCAUCUGCCCUUCUCGGUGGAGCGGGCCACGCUGCCGCUGCUGCCGCCCGACCUGAGCGCGGAGAAGAUGCGGCUGCUUCAGACCUUCGCGGCCGACCUCCAGGGCCAGGCCCAGAGCCUCACCCUCCCGCAGGCCUCCGCCGUCGCCUCCUCGUACCCGCCCCAGCAGCAGCCCUCGAUGACGGUCAUGGAGAUCAACAACUACUGA